AUGGAGGAAAAAUACGAUAACGUCCUCUUUUCACUGGCGAAAUCACUACCUGGAGGUAUUCCAGAGCUAUUCGACGUUUUCUUCAGUUUUUUGGCGAGGAAGACUGACUUCUACUCUGGUGCUGGAAUCGAAGAAGCUCGAGCUCUGAUGACG